AGAGUUAUAUACAAAGUGUGUCUCCACUUGCAAAUAAUGAUAUAUCAAAUAAUCACAUUUACAAAUGACUAGAUGGAAAAAUGUUUAUCAGAGCUUCCUAUUGGCUGGCUGGUUCUACGUGCUGUGUACGCCCCUGUUGCGUUCGUCAGUUCAUUUGUAAAAAGGCCAGUGCGUGCCAGCACGAGGAGUGUCGAAUAUGCUGGAACUGAUCAACUCACUCUGUGUUAUCCUGUUUUCUCAGGUACAGGUUAUGUUGUGGUUUUGUGACAAUAUAAUCCUUCAACAAUGUUUAAUAUUUUUUUUAAUUUUCACUCUCGGUCAGUUCAUUUGUAAAAAGGCCAGUGCGUGCCAGCACGAGGAGUGUCGAAUAUGCUGGAACUGAUCAACUCACUCUGUGUUAUCCUGUUUUCUCAGUGAAUAAAAAAACAAAGGCUGGGAGAAGAGUUUGGUUUUCACGAGCUUUAUUGAUACACAACACAACGCAGAAAAGAUUAAAAGAAAAGACCAGUUACAUUGGUGCCGUGAUCGGUCUUUCUAAGCACCUGUGUCGGACGCGCAACGUCAGGCGGAACCCGGCAUUGGCGUGCAGCUGAAACGUGAAAAUCUGUGCACGCGGACGUCGGGGGAUCGUCGCGAGGCGGAAGUCGGAGGAUCGGCGCGAGGCGGACGUCGGGGGAUCGUCGCGAGGCGGAAGUCGGAGGAUCGGCGCGAGGCGGACGUCGGGGGAUCGUCGCGAGGCGGAAGUCGGAGGAUCGGCGCGAGGCGGACGUCGGAGGAUCGUCGCGAGGCGGACGUCGGGGGAUCGGCGUGUGGCGUUACUUUGGAGCUUCUGUGCACAGAGGACUUGAGGCAAUCGAAACAAAGUUCAGAGUUUGACACGGGUGGAGCUUGGAAGUGAAGACGAGGUGGUUGCUUGCACUACUACAUGAAUACAGGCACUGAAUUGAGUAUAUAUAUAUUUUUUUAGGUUUAUACAAAAUUGAAUUGCUAUACUUAUUCUCUGAAAUAUUUCUGGGUUCAGUUACUAGUAGUGUGAUUUUUGGAAAGACAUGGAAAAGUAUAACACACCAGGCCUGGGCAGAGGGAGAGGGGUGUACCAGACUGAUGUAACAUUUUCUGUGGAUAGAGGGCUUACUGGCUAUCCACUUACUUCCACACCAUGUGUAGCUUUUCAAAAUUGUGGAGAAACUCUCAAAACUGAUCAGUCCGGGGGUAAUAUGGCAGAUAGGACUGCAUUAGGGACUUCUACUGAAGGGGGCAGUAUUCCUGUAGAUAUGUUGGUCACUGUUGUGAAACAAAUAGGUCAAUCCAUCAGUGAAAAUAUUGUAUCUUGUUUGGAAUCAAGAGUGUUGGGAGGUGGGGAAGGAUUCAGAGCUGAACAACCUGGCAGUAGCAUACUCUCUGGAACACAAAACCUGAAGCUGGUAUUACAGUCUGAUGUUAAAGAGCCAGCAUACUAUCGAGGGGAUGGUUCUGAUAAAUGCACAGUGUAUGAAUGGGUGGAAUUGAUGUCAGUAUACUUGCGUAAGCGUGAGUAUAGCCAAGAAUGUCAGGCUGAAGAGGUUUUGGGCCGAUUAAUGGGGAGGGCACGGGACGUUGUUAAAAUAGCUUUACGCAACUACGCAAAAACUGACCUGACUAAUGGCCCUGGACCUAUUUUUGACAUCCUGAAGCAACAUUUUGGUGAAACUGUGCACUCUGCUAUGCCCUUAGCUGAUUUUUAUGCUACACUGCCCUUAAAAGGAGAAAGUCCAUUUGAUUAUUGGAUAAGGUUAAACAGGGCAAUUGAUGUAGCAGAGGACUGCUUGAAAAGACAAGGGAAGAAACUUGAUAAUCCAUCUCAGGAGGUGACCGUUAUGUUUGUUAGACAUUGCCCAGAUCCCCAAUUGCAGCUGAUUUUCAGAUGUAAACCCCAGCAACAUUGGACAGCUGCUGAAGUGCAAGAAAGGUUGGAUGAAUUUCAAAGGGAAAACAAGUAUACACGAAAUCAGUUAUCAUGUUUAGCUCAGAAACAAGAAACUGUAUUGCAUGUUUUACCUACUGCUCAUGAUGAAGUUAGCAAUAAUGAGGUAUCAGUAGUCAAGUGUAAUGCUCCUCAAGUACAGCAGUCUUUUGCUUGCAGUUCUGUCGAAUCCUUAGAGCGGCUGAUCACACGACUGGAACAUGUGUUGGAAAGAGUUCCAAGUGAGAUGACAAAACCUGCUGAAAAGCCUGUUCGACCGAGGCCCAAAACUAAAGGUGAUAGGUGGGGCCCGUGUAAGGUAUGUGGAGACUCUAACCAUACCACCUCUUACCACUGUCGAGCAAAUGGGCUUUGCUUUGUGUGUUUUGCACCAAAUCACACACGUUUUGAAUGCCCAAACAUUGUUGCAGAUGGGCUUGUCAGGGUCUCGUCAACGGCAUGUCCCUCUGGCCAGCAGGGAAACUAAAUGGCCCGCAUGAGGUGGGGGGAGAUGCAGGGCCCAAUGAAAACCCCCAAGUAUUUGAUGUUGAUUUGGAAUCACUAUAUUCUACUGUGCGUGAGGAAUUUGACCAAAACAUGACUGUGAUAGUUCAAAACACACGAAAACUGUCAAUGCAUGAGGGAUUGUUUUAUACUGACGUUUGUUUGGAAAACACACUAACUGUUAAAGGUAUGAUAGAUUGUGGUUCUAUGGCUUGCACUGUGAGCCCUGGGGUUGUGUCUAAGUUAAAGGAUGCAGGAGUAGCCUUGAAUGAUUCGGUGACUCCAACUCAUGUAGUGCUGGUCGGCUGUGGAGGGUCGAAAACAAAACCUAGUGGGAUGUGUGACAUAAACAUGACUGUUUACGGGUGUACUGUUCAGGUUCCAACAUUGAUUGUUGACGGCCAAGAUGAUGACAUCAUUGUGGGUAGCAAUGUGAUAAAGUACCUGAUCAAAGAGUUGAAAAGUCGAGGAGAAUUGAUUAAAAGAAGGAUGUCUGUCAAUAAGGAUUCUGAGGAUAGUAAACUUAUUCAGUUGCUGGCUAAUGUGGAGAGGUGGAACGGAGCAGUCGUUCCUGGAAAGGUUGGGACAGUUAAACUGAAGAAUUCCGUAACACUUGAACCCUUAAAGGAGCAUUUAGUUUGGGCAAAGCUUUCUAAUCUAAACAAUUUGUCAGCAGGCAGUGCCAUCAUUGCAGAGCCGUGUGGAGCACGCUCCAGACCCAGAAAUAUCUUGAUUGGUCGUACAGUGGCAAGGUUGUGGGCUGAUGGAUGGGUGCCUGUUAAGGUAAUUAACCCUUCAUCGGUGGCCAUUACUCUCAGACGUAACGCAAAAUUGGCUGACAUUUAUCCAUGUUUGGCACUGGAAGACUUUGAUGAUGCAUGUGAAGGCGUCACAAAUGGAGGGUUAUUAUGCCCAAUCAGACAACAUACCAACAAUGUAGAGGUUCAUGACAUUUCAAGUGGUUGCAGUUUGUCUGACAUUGGUGUACCCAGGAGAGACUGUGAGUUCCAUGAUAGGUUAACGAAGCUGGGACUCGCAGGCAUUGAUUUGAGUUCCUGUCAUUUGUCUUCUGAUUGGAAAAAAAAAACUUGUUGAUCUAAUUGAGAAGUAUGAAUGUAUUUUCUCUAAACACAGACUUGACUGCGGCAAAGUUGAGGGCUAUGUACAUCGGAUAAGGCUGAGUGAUGACCGUCCAUUUAGGCUCCCAUACAGACGACUUCCGCCUAAUCAGUACGAUAAGCUUAGGCAAGCCUUGGAUGAAAUGGAAGAGAGAGACAUUAUCAAGAGAUCUAGUAGCGAAUAUGCUUCACCUCUUGUUAUUGUUUGGAAGAGAAAUGGAGAUUUAAGACUUUGUACUGAUUUUAGGUGGCU